AUGUCCAGGCGAGGUGGUCGCGGAGGUGGUAAGAGAGGUCCUGAUCUUUCUUGGGAGGAUGUUCAAGAAGUUCCAAGCGGACAAGCCACCCCCACCGAGAAAAAGAAACCCACACCCCGAUUUCCGAAACGUACCUUCAAUGUCCCACGACCGAUCAGUACAAAUGAACUUGCUGGUGUCAAGAGUUACCUGAGUUUUCGUGAUGCUGUUCAUAAGGGACCCUACUAUUCUGUGCUUCAGUCGAGCAAUUUGACCGAUGACAAAGGAAAAGUGCACAAGCGGGCUGGAUUUGAUCCCUUCAAUGACCAGGAAAAGUACACUGCAAAGUAUCAGAGGAAGAAGCAGACUGUCCCUGAUCUUAGUACGAGACAACAUCUCCUCCACACCUUCCCACAAGAACUCUGGUCGACUCUAGAUCCACAACGCAAAGACCCACUUUGGGCAACCGUCGAGAAUGCAGCGCUCCUUGAUGCACCACGGAAGAACUUGAAGCGCAGAAGAGAGGCCCUGCCGGAGGAUGACGAUGAUGGCCGAAACCCGGCAGGAUCAGACAACGAAGAUGGAAACGAUACAGACGCAUCGGAUCCUCUAUUGAGUGGCUCUCGCAGACCACGAAACUCAACCAAGGCCGCAAAAGAACGACGAGACGACCCAACUACGAAGAAAGCACGAGAAAAGAGUGGACUGGAUGCCGAAGACGAUUACCCCGAUGACGAAGGAAGAGACAAUGACGACUUGGACGAAGAGAGAGAUGGAGAAGACGAGCCUAUGGAUUCUGAAUUCGAGGAGUCGGACGAUGGCGGUGGAGAUGAUUACAAUGCUGAGCAGUAUUUCGAUACGGGCGAAAAUGACGAUGAUGACUUCGGUGGUGGUGGCGAUGAUGACGGAGGAACUUAUUGA